ACAAGAGCCUAAUCCACCUGGGGUAACGCCGCCGCCGCCACAGGUUCUCCAGAAUUCCUAUUAUCAGUACAACCCUAAUGGCGGCGGCGCUGCUGUUCCGACUGCAGCCUCACAAUUGGGGGCGAUGGUUCAUCAGCCGAAGAACUAGUUACAAGGGCUGGGAAGAUUUCACAAUUCAGUAAAUGUGUCCUUCGUUCCUUUAUAUAGUUCUUGUUCCUCUAAUGGUCAGGUUGGUCGAUGAUGUCCUGCUGUUGAGCGCCAUUCAUUCUAUGAGUUUUUCUUAUUCAUGAAAAAUUGAAGGCUUCAACUUUUUUCAUGAUCUUUUGGAGCACUCAAUAUCUUUUUAUUACGUAUCUGCAACAUAUUAGAUGUUGUCAAUUUCUGAAGACAUAAAUUAAAUAAGUUGGACUAUGUGGCUGCAACCCUUAAUACUUUUCUUAAUUUGCAAACACAAGGUUAUGGAAAACUAUUCUUUCCUUCUGCUUUAUUUGAUUUUUGAGAUUAUAGUUGGAGUUACUGAACUAAUUGCAUUCUGACUAAUACUUUCUGUCAGUUAAUUAAUUGCUUGGCUUUUCACUUCUUAGUUGCCCUUUUUCUUGUUGUAUGUUAGAACUUUGAAGUGUCUGUAAAGCUAAACCCUCAUUUAAGAUCUCAACAAAAUUCCUAGCUAUAGCCUAUGGCUUCUUGCAGUUCAGGGUAUUCUCGUCACUUUUCAGUAAGCACUGGGCUUUUCGAUAAUUAUGUGUUGCCAUAAGGAUCACAUUAUGCUUCUUCGACAAUUGUUUAAAAUACUUUGGUCCGAUGUGCAUCUCAUCUUGGUAGCUUGCUCCUUGCUAAUAGUUGGUUUUGAUUAUUUAUAUACACGACUAAUAUUUGUACAUCUAAAUAUAUAUUGAUGUGAAAUGUUCAUGCUUUAACAUGAUUUGAGAUGCUGAACUCCCGAGUGAUUUUCCAUUAUGUCGUACUGUUUUCCAACUUAAAAUCUUUUCUACCAUUUGUGAUUUUCGUAUUGAGCAAUUACAUCUUUUGAAAAUAUCUAUUUUUUAAUAUCAAACAUAUAGUAUUACCAUAUAUUGUCCUAUACUGUGGCUUCAGACAGUAGAAUUAAUUUUAUGGACUUCAUCAAAUAGCUAAAACAACGGGCUUUCUCUAGCUCGGUCUAUUACUUUGUUUCCUUUUGACAUUUUAUCUUCAUAUAUUAUUAACAUUACAUGUCCAUUUUUUAAAGCAUUUCUUUAUACUAGCAGUUAUUCUUCCAGGAUUCUUCCAUUUCUAUAUUUCACUUGAAAAUCUGAAUGAUAUGGUUAUACAGAUUGUGCAACCCUUGUACGGAACUGUAGGCUUUAUGGAUGGAAUGGUUCCUAGAGGAGACCCCCAAACCCAACCUGAUCCAAAACUAAAUGUCUCGAGUUAUGUAUUUGGUGUUGAUGGAUACGUCGGAGGUCAUUCUUUGCCUAUGAAUGCAACAACACCUUAUCAGGACCAUUCAGCAACUACUUAUGCUGGAAUACACUUGCAAGGAGGGCCUUUUCAACUCCUGCCACAGCCUUCUGGUGAGCCCCAUUAUGGUCAUCGAGCAAACGUCUCAGGCCGGACAAAUCGUGGUCGUGGACGCGGCAAAGGCUCUGUACAGCGGAAACAUGCAGGAGCGGCGCCUCUGCCCAUGGUACAGUCCGGUGCUUCAAGUGUUGCUCCAACACAGCCUUUGCAGGGUUCAGCUCAGUUGGUAUCUGUUUCGCCAGCUCCAAAAGUCGUGUCGUGUGAACUCUGCAAGAUUGAAUGCAAUACUCUUGAAGUUCUUCAACAGCACUUGAUUGGUAAAAAGCAUAAGAAAAAAUUGAAAGUCUUUGAAGAAUUACAAAACCUCAACAAAAAGGUGACUAGUGGACAAGCUGAUCAGGUGCCUGCUUCUGCUAUUCAAUCGAACUCCGAAGCCGUUUCAAUGCCUAACCUGGUUGAGGGGUCUGGCAAUCAGCAACCUCAACAAGAAGUUUUACCUUCUCAAGAAAGUAAUGAGGAAAGUAAAGCUGCAGGAGAGAAACGCAAGGUAGAAGAGGUGGAACAUCCCGAAGAAUCAGCCAAAAAGAUGAGGGUGGAUGGGCAUGAACGCGUAGGACGUGGGCUCAAGCAUAAACUAAGGGGUGGUAAGAGCAACAGAAUGAUGAGGCCUUCUGUUAGGUCAAACAGUUUGGUUCAGCCGCCUAAACCAAAAGAAGUUACACCCUUAGUUUGUGAAUUGUGUAAUGCGAAGUGUGAAUCUCUCGUCGUUUUUCAAAGUCAUUUGGCAGGAAAGAAGCACAAAUCAAAAGCCAAGCGCUUCAUGAGCCAAGUUGAACAAGAACUUCCCCAAGCUCAAGGACCAGCAACAAUGCAAGGAUUCGGUGCCUACCAGGUUGCAUCUGCUCAACCAGAAUCGCUUGUAGCAGUCUCCGGAGGAGCUUUAUUUCCAGCGACUAUUGCUGCAGAAGGAACAGGAAACAUGGGAUGUCCGGUUACUGGAUCGAGUGUUCUUUAUCCCAGUGCUGAAAUGGUAGGCGUCGCUGCUGGUUUUGAGCAGGCAGUUUCAUGUGGAACAACCUUAUGCGGUUCUUCAUCGGAGCAGAAUUCGUUAUUCGUAACACAGCCCCCUCCCAACUGAGCUCUCAUUUCGGAGAUUGUGGAAGCAGAUUUUGAGCUUCUGGCAUGAAUGAGGAGUGCAACUACAGCUGUUACAUCUUUUGCUAUCUGCAUAUUUUCUUGUGAUUGAAUUUUGAAUUCAAAUAACCUAAUUAGUUUCAGCAUUUUAUAUUUGAGAACAAAAUUGAGACUCUUUUUGUAUGGGUAAACUUUAUCAAACAAUGAUACUCGCAUUUUUCUGCCUAA